AGGAAAGUUAGAUCACAAAUGAGUUUUUGCAGAAAUCUCCACCACAACAGAGACAAGAUGGUUUUCACCAUUAAGGACUUGAACUUUGAGGCCGGCCAGGAGCUGACAGUUGCUGGCAAAGUCAAUUCUAGCUGCAGUCACUUCUCCAUCAACAUAGGCCAUGAUUUUAACUCCUUAGCACUGCACUUUAAUCCCCGCUUUAAGCACCAGAAGGACAAGAAAGUCAUCGUGAUUAAUUCUACUCAGGGAGGCAGUUGGGGAAGUGAACAAAAAGAAAGCAACUUCCCUUUCCAGCAUGACGGGGAGUUCAAGGUGGUGUUCAGCUUCAACAACGAUCAGUUUUACAUUAGACUCCCUGAUGGCACCAUGGUAGGCUUUCCUAACCGCUUCGGUGAUGACCGGUUCGACCACCUGCACGUGGACGGCGAUGUCAAGAUUCACAGCAUUAAAAUACUGUAAUAAUAAUAAUAAUAAUUACAAUAGUAUGAAAAUACAACAGUCCUUAGUGAUAUCGAUUCCAAAUGAACUUGUCUUAUGCAUGGCUUGAAAUGCAGCUGAAUCAUCUGACUACAGUAUGUUCUCCCUUUGUGUGUGUGGUGUGACUAUUUAUUCCACUCGUGUUUAAUAGAGGACACCAAAUAAAGACUUCCUUGAAAAAAAAUAUGACACAAAAGA